GAGGGCGCAGGCGGCAGCAGCACAGGGGAGAAGUAGGAGGAGAGAGCUCACUCACUGACACUGUUACACAGCAGCCUGGGAGCAGCAACAGGCAGGAGAAGAGGGGGUCUGAGUACAGGAUCCAGGGGCUCAUCUACCCGGGUGUCACACAGUGGAUUGGCACAUCUCCACCAAGUGGGAGAAGUUGAAGCUGUAGCAGCUGCAACAUGAUGAACCAUGAGGAGAUCUCACCAUUGCUCAGACCCAGAUAUGGCUCAAUCGUGGAUGAUGAAAGGCUUUCUGCAGAGGAGAUGGAUGAAAGGAGGCGGCAGAACAUUGCGUAUGAGUAUUUAUGCCACCUAGAAGAGGCAAAAAGGUGGAUGGAAGCCUGCCUGGUUGAAGAACUGCCGCCAACAACGGAACUCGAGGAAGGUUUAAGGAACGGGGUCUAUCUGGCAAAGUUGGGGAGAUUUUUUGCUCCUAAAAUGAUCUCUGAAAAGAAAAUUUAUGAUGUGGAGCAAACGAGGUUUCGGCGGUCUGGCUUACACUUCCGACAUACAGAUAAUACCGUGCAGUGGUUACGCGCGAUGGAAUCAAUUGGACUUCCUAAGAUAUUUUAUCCAGAGACCACCGAUGUCUAUGAUCGUAAAAAUAUCCCACGUGUCAUAUAUUGCAUUCAUGCAUUAAGUUUAUAUCUGUUUAAGCUCGGAAUUGCCCCUCAAAUACAGGAUUUACUGGGAAAAGUGGACUUUACAGAGGAAGAGAUCAGUAACAUGAGGAAAGAGUUGGAGAAGUAUGGUAUCCAGAUGCCAUCAUUCAAUAAGAUUGGAGGUAUUCUGGCCAAUGAACUCUCUGUGGAUGAAGCAGCCUUGCAUGCGGCGGUAAUUGCAAUUAAUGAGGCGCUGGAAAAGGGAGUGGCUAGCCAGACAGUAGCGACUUUGAGGAACCCGAAUGCUAUGCUGUUAAACGUGGAGGAGGGACUUGACCAACAGUAUCAUGACGAACUGUCACAAGCUAAGAAAAUAAAAGAGGACAAUGCAAAAUUAAAGAACAGCAGCAUUUCUGAAGAGGAAAGGGACGUUUAUGAGGAGCUCCUCACACAGGCUGAGAUACAAGGUCACAUCAAUAAGGUUAACACCAAUGUAGCCUUAGUCCAAGUUAAUGAGGCCAUUGACAGGAAUGAUGAGGCGGGAUUAUUACAGGCUCUGCGGCUGCCUAUUCUGAGUCUUUUUGAAGUUCAGCCACAGAAUUCUCCCUGGUACCUGACUCAGUUGUGUAUCGCUAAAGACCAGAAAACGCAGAAAGCAGGUGUCCCCAGUUCUCUUGACAAAAGCGAGAUUCAGAAAGACGUUAGUGUUGCCAAUAAGGAAGCUGAAGCUCACAUGCUUAUGCUAGGAGCCGUGGAAAAAAUAAAUAAUGCGAUACGUAGUGGAGAUUCUUCCCAAACCAUGGUGGCGUUGCAGCUUCCUGAGGCCUAUCUGCCUGCUGUCCAUCCGUUUGCCGAGACGUUCUACCAGACUGAGCUCCUCAGCCUGCAGACACAGAAUCCUUCGAACCACUUGGCGCAGGAAGAGCUGUUUAUCGCUGUGGAGAUGUUGUCUGCUGUGGCACUGCUGAAUCAAGCUCUGGAGACGAAUGACACAAACUCUGUCCGCACACAGCUGGCCAGUCCAUCCAUAAGUUUUAAUAAUCUUGACGAGGACAACAUGCAACGUUAUAUUAGCACAUUGGUAUCCAGUAAGAAGGAAGCUGCCGCUCAUGGUCAGAGCUAUUUAAGCUGGACGGAGAUUCAGAACUACAUUGAUGUAGUCAACAGUGACAUCCAAGAGGAAAAUGAACGAAUUAUUGCCAUCGGUGUAAUAAAUGAAGCCCUUGACCAAGGCGUUCCUGAGAAGACUUUACAAGCUCUCUUGGCACCAAGUGCCAAAAUUCAAGCAGUUUUACCACAGAACUAUUGGCAUUACCAUGAUGUCCUCCAAGAGGCCAAGGUCCAGAAAUGCAAGGAAUCCAAAGAUGAAUCUGCAGCUCUGUGGUUGGAUGAAAUACAGAAAGGAAUCAAUGAUGCCAAUCAGGACACAGAAGACGCACACAGAGUGGCAGCCGGUGUGGCAGAAAUUAAUCUGGCUCUGGAAAAGGAAGAGGAACAGCAUACGCUGCAGGUGCUACAGACAUCGGAGACCAGAUUAAAGGGAAUCAAACCAGAGUGUGCGGACGCUUAUCACAAAGACCUGCUAGAGUCCAAGAAGAAGAAGGCCAGUGAAGUUCCUGCAGAAACAGAGGAGAGCUCCUGGAUUAAGAUCAGAUUGAAACAUAAAUAUGACUACUAUUAUAAUGCUGACACAAAUGAAGGAUCUUGGUCUCCGCCAGAAGGAAUCUCAUCUAAAACUACUUGGCUUACUCUGAAAGAGAUUCAGGCCAUUGUUGGAAAGAUCACCUCUGAUUACAACCGGGAGCAGCUGUGGAUGGCUAAUGAAAAUCUGAUUACUCUGCUCCAAGCUCGAAUGAGAGGCUAUCUGGCCAGAAAGGUAUUCAGGGAACGGAAGGCCUACCUCCACAAACAAGAGCCAUAUGCAGUUAAAAUACAGGCUUCUUGGAAAGGAUACAAGCAGAGGAAGUCCUACACAGACAGAAUACAGCUACUUCAAGGAAACAUUAUUGGUAUUGUCAAGAUUCAGGCCUGGUACCGGAUGUUAAAAGUGAAAAGAGAAUUCAAGAAGAGAUUGCAGUAUUUCAAGGAUCACGAAAAAGAAAUCAUUAUAAUACAGGCGUUUCUCAAGGCUAACAAAGCCAGGGAAGAUUACCGGACAUUGAUUUGUUCGGAAAGCCCACCACUGAAUGUUGUGCGGAAGUUUGUCUAUCUCCUAGACCAGAGUGAUUUGGACUUUCAGGAAGAACUGGAGGUGACCAGCUUAAGAGAAGAAGUGGUCACAAAAAUUAGAUCAAACCAACAACUGGAAAAAGAUCUCAACCUCAUGGAUAUUAAAAUAGGCUUACUGGUAAAAAACAGGAUUACUCUGCAGGAUGUUGUGUCUCACAGCACAAAGCUGAACAAGAAAAGCAAAGGUCAAGUAGAAGAGAUGCUGACUGAUAAGCAAGGAAUUAAAGGACUGAGUAAAGAGAAGAGAAAAAAGUUGGAAGCAUACCAGCAUCUUUUCUAUCUACUGCAGACUAACCCAACAUACUUGGCAAAGGUGAUUUUCCAGAUGCCUCAAAAUAAAUCCACUAAGUUCAUGGACACUGUGAUCUUCACACUGUAUAAUUAUGCCUCUAAUCAACGGGAAGAGUACCUUCUUCUUAAACUCUUUGAAACUGCCCUGCAAGAGGAAAUAAAGUCCAAAGUCGACCAGAUACAAGAUAUAGUCACUGGGAACCCGACGGUGAUAAAGAUGGUGGUCAGCUUUAAUCGUGGUGCCCGGGGUCAGAACACACUGCGCCAAUUGCUUGCACCCGUGGUAAAAGAAAUCAUUGAAGAUAAGUCACUAAUUAUCAACACCAGCCCAGUGGAGGUGUACAAGGCCUGGGUGAACCAGCAGGAAGCUGCCACUGGAGAAGCAAGCAAGCUGCCAUACGAUGUUACGACGGAGCAGGCUUUAUCACACAAUGAAGUGGUUAAUAAACUGGAAUCUUCAAUACAAAGUUUACGCGCAGUGACAGACAAAGUUCUGCACUCCAUAUUCUCCUCUCUGGACCUCAUCCCUUACGGAAUGAGAUAUGUGGCCAAAGUUCUGAAAAACUCCCUGCAUGAGAAAUUUCCUGACGCGACAGAAGACGAACUCCUAAAGAUUGUUGGAAAUCUCCUUUAUUACCGGUACAUGAACCCCGCUAUUGUAGCUCCAGAUGGGUUUGACAUUAUUGACAUGACAGCGGGAGGCCAGAUUCAUUCAGACCAGAGGAGGAACUUGGGAUCUGUGGCUAAAGUACUCCAGCACGCCGCUUCCAAUAAGCUCUUCGAUGGGGAAAAUGCCCAUAUGUCUUCCAUGAACAGCUACCUGUCUCAGACUUACCAGAAGUUCAGGAAAUUCUUCCAAGCUGCCUGUGAAGUCCCGGAGCCAGAGGAGAAAUUCAAUAUCGAUGAGUUUUCUGACUUGGUGACACUAAGCAAGCCGGUGAUAUACAUUUCAAUAGAAGAAAUUAUCAAUACCCAUUCGCUGCUUUUAGAACAUCAGGACGCUAUUUCACCAGACCACAAUGACGUUCUUCAUGAGCUGCUUGAGGCUCUUGGUACCGUCCCUGACGUGGAAUCUUUUCUUGGUGAGGGCGCCAUUGACUCAAAUGAUCCCAACAAAGAGAACGCGCUUAGUCAGAUGGCAAAGACUGAAAUAUCCCUUUCACUAACUAGUAAAUUUGAUUUGCGGGAGGGAGAAGAUAAAGAUAUGAAGAGCCUGAUGAUCAAGACUAAAAAGUUGAUUGUAGAUGUGAUCCGCACACAGCCCGGAGAAAGACUGCUAGAGAUUUUGGAAACUGCUGCUUCUUCUCCACAGGAAAAUGAACACCUAAAGGUCAUUGAGAAGCGAGCAGCUCUGGACGCCAAGACUCCAGAUAGAAUGAAGAGGAGCCAGUCUGUGCUGGAAGAUGGUCAGCUCCCCUUGGAGCAAAAGAAGAGGAAAAUACUUAGAAAUCUCCGGACUUUAGAACAAGCCGGACUAGUGACAGAGGGGACAAAGUACCAAGAGAUCAUUAAUGAGAUUGCGAAGGAUAUCCGAAACCAAAGACGCCAUCGGCAGCGGAGAAAGGCUGAACUUGUAAAAUUACAGCAAACACUCAAUGCCCUAAACUCCAAGACCGCAUUCUUUGAGGACCAGAUUACCUAUUAUAACACGUAUAUCAAGACCUGUCUGGACAACUUGACCAGGAAGAAUUCAAGGCGUUCUAUUAAAAUGGAUGGGAAAGGGGAAGAGAAAAGCAGCAAGAAAAUUAAACGGUCAGCCCUGAAAUACACGGCAGCGAGACUACACGAGAAGGGCGUUAUACUGGAGAUCGAGGGGCUGCAGACCAAUCAGUUUAAAAAUGUUCUAUUUGACAUCACGCCUGGUGACGAAGUUGGCGACUUUGAAGUUAAAGCAAAGUUUCUUGGUGUUGAAAUGGAAAAAGUCCAGCUUCACUUUCAGGACUUGCUGCAAAUGCAGUAUGACGGGGUCGCUGUCAUGAAAAUAUUUGACAAGGCAAAAGUCAAUGUGAAUCUUCUUAUAUUCCUUUUAAACAGGAAAUUUUAUGGAAAAUAAAAAAUGUAAAAAAUCUGGUGUUUUUUUAAUAGGAAAGCUUGCAUCUAAAUCAAUAUCAAUUAUUUUUUGUAACAUUUUUAAGUUAAUAUAUUAAUUAAAAGUCCAAUUGUGAACAAAAUAAUAUUUCAAUUAAAAGAAAAUGUAGUAAGUGACCAACAUUUCUAAGCUGAUUCUAUUAUGGUGCCUUUAACCCCUUCAGUGACAGAGGAUUCCAGGCUGCACUGAGCAUAGUAGAUUUUAAACCUUUUCCACACUGAAAUGACGCUCCAGUGAAAAUGACACAGCAUGCCACAGAUCAUUGAGUGCUGCACGUCACCGAUAAUAUCAUUUUACCACGAGAAACACGAGAUGAAAUUAAAUGCUUUCAGUUUUACUAGAUUUUCUAAUUUCACUGCACAAUUAAAAUAUAAGGGAAAUAAACCUGUUAUAUAUUUUUAUUAUCGAGAUUCAUCCGAAAAAAAUGAAAAAGAAAAAAAAAAAUGUAAAUGUGUUUGAGUAUAAUAAGUGCUUAUUGUCUAUAGUGUUAAUCUACACACAGCAGGCCUGAUUCAAGAUUUUCAAUCUAGCUUAACAAAAUCUGAUUAUUUUUAUUAUUAUUAUUAUUAUUAUUAUUAAUAGUCAUUGCCGAUGUCAGGUGAACCAACAUUUGUCCGUUGCAAAGAUAGAAUGUUUUGGAAUACUGUAAUAUUGUUUUAUUUAGUAACUCAUAAUUUAUAAAUGGCAAGAGAACAUUUGCUGUAAUGAAACUUUGCAUGAACCUGACUGCCGCGUUAAUGCACUACUGCCGGUUUGGCCCAUGUAUUCUAUUCUCUGUCAGUCUGUACUGAAUGGCAACGAGGUACUUGGGUAAUGGUAGCUGUUUUAGUGUCAGAGGUUUAGCUGUCCCAGUGCUUAUGUGUUAUGGGGGAUACGCAAUGCAUUAUGGUACAUUGUGUCCUCUUCAGGCACUGAAUGGGUUACACAACUUUUUUGUUUGUGCCUUUUUAUGUCAAUUGCGCCGUCUUUGUAAUUCUCUUUAUUUUUUAAUGCAAUAAAAUUCAUUGUUUCAUUAAAA